CACGGAGUUGGACCGCGUGCACUUGCGGCCGGGAAGAAAGUGAAAGUGAAACUAGUUGCUGGCGUGUAGUGUUGCCUUAUCGCCAGUGGAGGCGGACGCCAAGUACUAUCGAGUGUAUCUCGAGUCGAGAUUACAUACCCAGAGAUUGUGCCCUUUGCUGUGAAGUGUUUGUGACCUCAUGCUCGCCCGUGUGGGCGUGGGACAAGCCGUGGACGCUUCGCCUAGAAUAGAGCGCUGCGCAAGAUGGGAGUGAGCUUACAGGCAAUGGAGGGGGGUUGAGGAACAAACAGGUCUGCUUAGCAUUUCACCUGCCUUCACCAUGUCGCGGGUGUUUGGGUCUGACUCCUGUAGUAGCAGAGCAGGUAGCGUCAUCACGGCCAAAGGCAAAGGCAAAGGCCUUCAUAGUAACAUUAGCGUAGGGAGAGAAGCUGUCAUUCAGGAGACUGAAGUCGCCUCGGUCGCUCAUGGUGUGGAUAGCGUGCCCAAGACCGAAGCGCAUAAGCUGCGCAACGUGACGCGCCAUGCGCGCGAGAACACCGUCCUUUGGGGCGACGCGGUGCGACAGUUUGAGCGGGGCCAGUACGAGGAGGCGAUGGAGACGUUUGAGCGGAUGGAUCACAGCAGUGCCCAUGUCACCUUCAAUCUAGCGACGGCGCAGAUGGCCAUGGGACAGUACGAAGAUGCGAUAGAGAUGUAUACGCAGACGCUCAAACGCGAUCCGCACUUCGUGCUGGCCUACUUCCAACGAGCCCAGGCGUUUCAUCUCUACGGAUGGGACGAGGACACGCUACGAGAUCUGGGCGAGGCACAGCGUCGCAUGCGCGGCUCCAAGUUCAUCGACUAUCGCAACCUGGGUCUGGACAAAACGCUGUGGGAGUGCGUGAUCUACGUCAACGUAGCCAUUGCCUAUAUCGUACUGGGGCUAAAACGUCACGCCCUGCAGCAGAUCCAGACAGCAUGGCAAUCGCGGCAAGAGUCACUAUCGUCUCGGGAGCUGAACGGAAUCAGCGAGCGGGAGGUUGAUGCGGAGAUUGAGGCCGUCGUACCGACAUCCGUUCUUCAUGACAUCUACACCUACUGUACUGACACGGAGAAACACAGCGCCGGAACGUGCGCCUUCCUCGCUUUCCAGCCACCGCCUGUCUUCCGUCCGCACGGUCUGGCGUCGCUGUGGCUGAACGCGUCCAAGAGAAUCAAACGGGACUUCCUCGGCAAGUCGCAGAUGGUCUUCAACAAGACGUCACUGAAAGGAACCGGAUUCGUUGGAGCAGCGGCCAAAGCAGCUGGUAAGCCUCUGCCCGUGAAACCAGAGAUACCAUCGAACCGGUACAUGUCUAUCGGAAGAGUGAUGAGGACGCUGAACAGAGGAGAAGAACCUCCAGGAGUGAUGGCCCGUUCUCAAUCGGAGUCCUGCACCAAGACAGCGGCAAGUGGUGGCAGCAAGCUUGGCAAGCUGCAGCUCAAAAAGAUGCGUAGCCGGAGCUUCCCGCCGCCAAAGCCCCAGGUGAAGUUCCACCCGCAGACCAAACAGUCCAGCGACCCUGACAUCUCGCUCUCAGCCGCGCUCGAGGACCAAACAUACGAGAAUGUGCUGGUAACAAGCUCCGGUCAGGCAACAAAGUCUUCGUCAACAUCCGAUGUCCGUAAACCCGGUGUUACCCCACCACCAAGACCCACCAGUAAUCCACAGCGUCCACGCCAGGAGUCCAAUGCUCUAUUGCCUGCGUCCAAGCAGGUGCUGUCACCGGAUUCAGGCAUUGAACACGAUGAGCAGCUGGCAUUCCCCAAGCUAGUCAGCCCGGCGACAAUGGACGGCAACGACGUGUAUGAGAAUGUGUUCAGCGGUACAGACGGCGGCACACAGCCUGUGCCUGCGGCCGCCACGGCUGCUACAGGCAAGGACGGGGCUCUGUCGUCAUCGCAGGACUCUGAAGCAAGCGCGCUGCUGUCGUUGAACUUGCUCAGCGAACAGCUGGUGAAGGACGGCUCGGCGGAGAAUUCCGACGUCAUCCUACGUGCAAUAAAUUCAGUGACGGAAACCUUGCAGCGCGGCAGCACGUCAAGUGCCCACCUCAGCAUGAUCUCGGAGGAUGCACUGGACUCGCUUGACGAGGAGAGCAGAUCAAUCUAUGAGAACAUCCAGCCGGGUCACCCGACGCAGAGCACCAGCACACAGUCUUCGGUCACCUCACCGACUACACUACAAUCAACAUCGAGACUGGACAGCACCUCACUCAUGCCGGCCAUACCGAAGAGUUUGUACAACGGCAGCGACAAAGAAACGGCAGCUGUAAAAGGUCUCCCCAGGGCUAGCUUUGAUGUUGCCGGGGGCAACGACGAUAACAUUUACGACGACGUUGACCAGGAGGAAGCACUCGUUGAUAUGCCUAGAAGACGGCGUCUUAGUAGCGCGUUCUCCAUUCUGAACACCGGCGGAAACGUGACUGGGGUAGCUGGUGCAGCAGCUGCUGCCGCCGCCGCCGCUGCAGCUGCUGCUGCCGCAGCUACUGGUUCCGCCGGUGCUGCAUCUGCACCUAGUGGUGGUGGUAGCUCAGAGCAGGAGCACUCGGAAAGUAUCCAUGAACAAGAGAUGCCGAUGCCGAAGCAGCCACCGGCCCCCAUGGUGUAUCAGAAUGUGCAGUCGUUGUGCCUGCCUAGCUUUGGCACGCCGAGCAAACGGCCAAUUGCAACGCCAAAACGCCCACCACCGCCCAAGACAGCUAAGCCCACAAAGGCGCCAAAGCCUAGCAAAGCCGGCAGUGGGAAGCCGCCGAUUCCAAAGCGCCCGGUUCGUGUCACCAAGGAAUCGCUCUCCAACAUUGGCAAUCCGGUCAUCCCUCCACGUCCACCUGUGCCCGGCUGCAGCAAGCCACGCAAGAUCAUGAGACAAGUGCACGUUGACAGCUCCGACUCCGACACGUCUUCGGGCUACUGUCGUUCGUCAUCAACGAGUACGUCGCAGAACGGCGAGGACCGGGAUCGGAUGAACAGCUCCUCGUCGUGCAACAGUGCCUUUGGGCCGUUGUCGCUGCCCAAGCCGAGACCACGUGCCGCUUCCGUGACGUCUCUGUCAUCGCACGAUGAGCUUGAAGUCGACAGCGGUAUGUACGAGGCCAUCUUUAUGGAGGACUCGCCAACCGGCGGUGGCCUGCAAGGAAGGCCGGAUUUAUUCGAUGACCCUCGUUACGGUGUCCCGAACAUCCCAAGGCCCGAGCGCAUGCCAAAGCCCAUCAAUUCUACCAGCAGUGCCAGUAAAGCGCUAAAUGCAAUGCGUACCCGGCCAGCUGCAAAUCGCAGAACUCCCAAUGCCAGCAAUGGAGCGCCGCGGGCAAAUCAGGCCUCCAAAGGCGCUCCAAAGCAUGCAGUCAGGGUCCACUGAUGCUCAUUGUGCUUGGGCAUAGGGCAUAUCCACCCAUCACCUGUGAAUCCUCUCUCUCUCUCCGUCAGUAUUAUUAUUAUUCUAAAAAUUGAGUUCCUACUUCCUAGACCCCCAUUUAUGGCACAGCUUACAUGGCCCUAGUAUUUCCGUCUUUCGCACUAGGCCUCAGUUCUGGCUGCUUCGCUCCUUCUAGUGAACCAAAACUGCUCUUCAGCUCGACUUCAGCAGCACUGCACCCUAUAGGCCUAGUCAGUCGUCCAAUACAUUGUAGCUUCAUCAUUUUAUAGUGGAUUAUUUUUCCUAUUUUAUAACAUCUUGGGCAGAUUUUGUGAUGGCCAAAAAAGGCUCCGUCCAGUGUGCCAUGUAAAAGUGACCGAAUUAUAUCAUUUUAAAACGACAUUGAACCAGAGCUUUUGAUUCUACUUCCAAGCAUUGAGUUUAUUGACAUUUCUUUCUAUCUUUAAUAAAUUGCAACUGCAAACUAUCAUUGUUGGCGA